CGUGUCAAUUUUGACGUUUCUGUAAUACGAAAUGUUAUUUUCCUAUAGCAACCCUUUUAGUACGUGUCCAGCAAAAAUUAUAUUUUUUUAAUUUCGAAAAAAUUACAACAAUAUAACACGCCACAAUAGUACUUGACAGUUUUUAGUUUAGAAUGAUUAGAAAAUAUUAAACAUGUAUUUUUUAAUUAGUUGCUAUGGCACGAGAUAGAGUGGGAAAUUUAAAACAUCGAAAAAUAAACAAUGACCAAUUGAAAAAGGGCAAAAGAAUGGUUGAGGACGAUCAUGACUUCGAGGAAGAUGAUAUUGACAUAUCAUCAGACACCCGAGUGUUGCUAAACCGAGAGGAAAGCGAUAAGACUGACAUAACUAUUGUACAAAAAGAGCCAUUAUGGGUGACUGCAGUACAAAUGUUUAUACCAUUCUUGCUGGCUGGCUUCGGAAUGGUGGCGGCGAGUUUGUUACUUGAUCAAGUUCAGCACUGGCCCGUAUAUCAAAAGGUGACUGAGGUUUAUAUUCUAGUCCCGGCGUUGUUGGGUUUGAAGGGGAAUUUAGAGAUGACUUUGGCUUCAAGACUGUCAACACAUGCAAAUCUGGGACACCUGGAUUCAAGAAAACAGCAGAUUAGUUUGAUUACAGGGAAUUUGGCUUUAAUAUUGUGCCAGGCGACAGUCGUUGGGUUCUUGGCUUCAGUAGCUGCUGUGAUAUUUGGUUGGGUUCCAACUGGAGUUAUUAACUUGAAACAUGCUCUUUUAUUAUGUGCCAGUAGUGUAGUAACAGCUUUUGGUGCCAGUUUUAUACUAGGUUUAGUUAUGGUUGGUGUUAUUAUGAUUUCACGGCACUUUAACAUUAAUCCUGAUAAUGUAGCUACUCCAAUAGCAGCUAGUUUAGGUGAUCUAACAACACUAGCAUGCUUAUCUUGGUUGGCCUCUAUAUUUUAUCACACCAUGGAUACAUAUCCAUGGCUGACUACUGUUUUCAUCAUUUUUACCUUGAUUUUAGUUCCUGUUUGGGCCUGGAUUGCCAGUAAAAACCAAUACACUCACACUGUUCUAUUCUCUGGUUGGAGUCCUGUCGUGACUGCUAUGAUCAUCAGUAGCAUAGGAGGUUUAAUUUUGGACUUUACUGUCUCCCAAUACAAAGGAGUUGCCGUUUUUCAACUAGUCAUUAACGGAGUCGGUGGUAAUCUAGUGGCCGUACAAGCUAGUAGAAUAUCAACUGAGCUACACAGCAUGUCGCGCCCAGGUCACCUACCAUCUCACAUGCAAGUUUGCAUAAGUCCGUGUUCAGCAUUUUGUGAUAGCAAAGAGACUAGUCAUGCAGGUACAGCAAAAAUGCUGAUGCUGAUGGUUAUACCAGGACACCUCAUAUUUUCCUACACAAUCAGCUACCUUCAGGCUGGCCAUACGUCUUUCACGUUUAUCUUCAUGGUCGUUUAUCUGACUUGCGCUUUACUCCAAGUCAUUCUUCUCUUAUACAUUGCCCAGGUCAUGACUCUGAGCAUGUGGAAACACGAAAUUGACCCUGAUAACUCGGCUAUACCUUAUUUAACAGCAUUGGGAGAUUUAUUGGGGACACUACUUCUGGGUAUUGCGUUUCAAUUUUUGUAUCUUAUUGGAGAUAGAGACAGUGAUGUCGGGGAUUAAUUAUUUCACUUAAUAAUUUUGUAAUGUAUUAUUAUUAUUAUUCCUAAAAAUUUAUUAAAUUUCAGUAUUUUUUAUUGUAAAUUUGUUUAAAUUGAUUCGUAAGGAUUAUACAUAUGUAUACAGUUAUGUUAUAAAGAUAUAUAAAUUUCAAAAUCUAUACAAGGUGCUAUAUUGUUGUAUAUAAACUAUUUAAUAGACUUUUUUAAUAUU